CGACAUGGCAGGUCCAUCUAGCAUCAUAGAUGAUCAUGACGAGUAUGAUAUCGUCGAUCAUUCAGAAAUCGCGUUGAGCCCCGAAGAAUUGGAAGAAAUACGCAACUGGCUUAAGCCCACCGACUACUCGGCCGAAUCUGGCGAAUUCCGCCGUCAUCUCUCAUCCCAAGCUCCCGGGACCGGGCUUUGGAUUUGCGAGACUGAUGAAUAUAAGAAAUGGUAUGACUCUUCAGAGCAUGGUAGCCUUUGGAUAAAAGGAGUCCCUGGCGCAGGGAAAAGCGUCAUAGCGGCUUCAAUUAUUAAUCAUUUGCGCACAUCUGAGGACUGUCCUGUUCUCUUCAUGUUUUUCCGGAACAUCGUUGCAGCCAAUUUCUCUCCGCGUGCCCUCAUUCAAGAUUGGCUUGCCCAGCUUCUGCCCUACUCUCCUAAGCUACAGUUUUCUCUCCAGUCACGCCUAAAGACGAGCUUAGUAGAGACUUUGGACAGCGAACUCUUUCAGCUUUUUCUUGAUGGAGUAUCAUCUGUCCCGAAAUGUUUCUGUGUUGCUGAUGCUCUGGACGAGAUGGACGAGACGACUCCUGGAAACAGGCCGCUUCUCGAUAGGCUUAAUAGCUUAGCUACCUAUCGUCCUCACUCUUUGAAACUGCUUAUCACCAGUAGGCCUAAGCAGUAUCUGCAAAGUGCCUUAAGAGACUCGUCCAUCGUUCACAUUAGCCUCCAACAGCGUCUUGUGGAUGCCGAUAUAGCGGCGUAUCUACACCAUCGUUUUGGCCAGCUCCCUAAAACCGACAAUACACAAGGGAUCAAGCAGCAGGUCAUCGAUAUGGUAGCAAAAAUGUCUCAAGGCUUAUUCCUGGUUGCAAAGCUUACGAUGGACCAAGUGGAAGCUUCCUUACUCGCAGGUGGCCCGGUAGAUAUAUCUACUCUAGAAAGAACUCUACCCAUGGGGUUGGAACAGACAUACAUAAGCCUGCUAGCGAAGCAGCGCCAAGAGAACGGAGUAAGUAUAGACACUCAGGUAUUUGUGCUUGAGGCGGUAACACAUUCCUCACGCCCUUUGCGAUUGAACGAAUUGGCAAGUUUAAUGAAAUCCGUUUGUCCGGAUGUUGAUGCACCUUCAGGCUUCAAGGUUCUAGUCGCUACUUGCUGCGCGCCUCUGAUAGAAAUUCUUGAAGACGAAACGCUACAAGUAAUUCACCAUUCAUUCACGGAAUUCUUGCGUGGCGAAACGCGCAACCUGCAGAAGGUUGAUGCGGCAACUGCAUUCCCCGUAAUUGAAUCAAAGGCGCAUAAGCAUAUGGCUAUGAACUGUCUUCGAUACCUCCAAUCCGGCUCUUUGCUUCUUGAAGGCGAGCAAUCAGACAAUAUGGCUGCGGAGUCAUCAGUCACCUAUCAGAAGCCUUGUCAUCAGAUUGAUCCAAGAAAAGAACGCUAUAAACGUUUCCAUCUAGGCCUGAAAGAGGAAAAGGACCCCUUUAGUUAUAGGGAGGCCCGCUUGCGCCAUCCAUUUUUGAGCUAUGCUGUGGAAAACUGGUCAUAUCAUGCCGGUCUUUACGGCGAUGUGGAAGAUGAGGAGCUGUCCAGCGCCGUCUUAGGCUUUUUCAGGCCAAAUGAUAUAGCUUUCAGAAGGUGGCUCGUUCUUCAAUGGGGGUCAACGUCAAAGAGAAAAGAAGACACGGAAGGCCUGCCGACGGGACUUCACAUCGCCGCUUUCUCGGGUUUAUCAUAUCUUGCCCUCAAGUUAAUAGAAGAAGGCCUACAAGUAUCAGCAGUGGAUGCUCAAGAACGUAUCCCGUUGCAUUGGGCAGCUGCCAAUGGCCACACAAAGCUUGUGUCAUUGCUGAUCCAGCAUGGGAGUGAGAUAAAUGCAGAAGAUGGACGUGGUUUGAAGCCGAUCCAUCUUGCCGUAAAACAUGCCUCGGUAGUGAAAGUACUACUCGAAGCUGGCGUGGAACCUGACACGAUUAAAACAAAGGAAAAUCAUGCAGGAUACCUACUGGGAGGAGAGAAGAUCACAAAGGGAGAGUGCGCAAUCCUCUACGCCUGCCAAGACGGAUACACAGAGACUAUUAUAACGAUGAUCCCUUUUUGCAAGGCGGAAAAGUUAGAGCGACUCCUAUGCGAAUGCUGUCGAUUUAGUCGAACGGAGGCUGUCUUGGCUAUACUGGAAACCACGGAUGUCUCGGCAAACGCGACGUAUCGUGGGGCGACUGCUCUAUACUUCGCGUGCAGUACAGCCAACGUAAAAUGUGUCGAAGCCCUCAUAAGCCGGGGAGCAGACGUAACUCAAACAUCAAAAUGGGCCCCUCGACGUACUCGUAACGGUGGUCCUAGGGGUCAAGGCACCAUAGAUGCCCCAAUACACUGCUUAGUGAAGUCGUGGCGCGACGACAAUGAUUCGUCGUGCCGGGCUAUCUUAAGAAUGUUGAUAAAGGCAGGUGCCGAUCUUGAGCAGGUUGACAGCGAGAAUAAUACCGCUCUACUCCUUGCUGCUGGUGCCCCGUUAGGAAGCAGUCGAGCAUCACCUCGCGUACCUGCUCUGAAAGCCUUGCUGGAAGCAGGAGCAGACCUGAAUAAGAUUCAUGUUCAUGGAGAUACUCCCAUGAAUUUGGUUCUGCGCCAAAAUCGUGACCUUAAGGCCAUACGACUUCUUCUAGAGAGCGGGGGUGAUCCAAAUAAAAAAGGGCGUUUCGGUGAAACAGUUCUACACUGUGCACUUGACCCAUCAGGAAUGGUAAAAGGGACUGAGGGCACAGAAUCUAUUGUUAAACUUCUGCUCGAGAACGGCGCUGAUCCAAAUGUUAAGGACGCUUAUGGAUUCACGCCCGUAUAUAAAGCGAUGUUUGCCGGACUCGAGGUGUUCCAAAUACUACUCGCAAGAUGCAAGGACGACACUGCCAAAAAGCAAUGUUGGUUCGGGUUAUCCUCUCAGUCCGGCGUCGAAAGGUUCACUAAAUACCUUGAGUUGUUACUCGCAGAAGGAAUUGAUAUCAACUCCAGAAAUGCAACAAAUGGCCGAACUCUUUAUCUCUCAUGCCUUUCCUCCGAGGACAAGCUACGAAUACUCCGAGACCACGGCGCGAAAGCUGACGUAGUCGACAAUUUUGGUAACAAUUCCCUCCAUAUUCUUUGCUGCGACACUUCGUGCCGACGUGAUAGGCUGGAAAAACGUAUUGCUACCGACGGAGUAGAUCCGCUCAGGACCAACCAUACAGGAGAUACUCUCCUCCAUCAUAUUGCUUCAUGGUAUAAUGGCGAUGAAAAGGUAGCCGACUUUUUACGAUGGAUUAUUAGUCUUGGGAUCCCCGUAAAUUCCGUGAACAACAAGGGGUUUACAGCUUUGCACGUAUACCAGACCAAAAUGUCCUACGGUAGUACUAUCCGUAGCAAGGAGCGCAUCCAUUUCGUCGACGUAAUCAAGGAUAAAAGUCAUAUUGAUUUCGAAAUACGAAAUAAUGACGGUUUAACCGCCUUACAUUUGGCGUCUAUGAGGUGCGAAAAGAAUUUGAGCUUGCUGAUCGAUGCCGGAGCUGACUUGGCCUUUUUAACGCACGAUGGGCAAAAUGCCCUUCACAUCUCCUGUCGGGCCCGGAUGCCUAGUAUUGCCUGUCAGAUACUCCGACGAGGGGUCAUCGACUUAAAUCAGAGGGAUAACUUCGGUAGGACGCCGCUUCAUUACGCAUGUAGCUCAGGAGAACCAGAGUCCGUGGCUUUUCUACUAAUGUACGGCGCCGAUAUCCAGGCAGUAGACUUAAAUGGGUUUACUCCUCUUCACGCCUGUGCUCAGUCCACACUGGAGCAAAACAUAUGGGUUGCAUAUGACCAGCAGUACGAAUGGCUACGCGGCCCGACCGGGGAUGCCUUUCGGCCACAUUCUUCCAAACCCCAAACCUGGCCUUGGUAUCGGGAUAGGCAGGGGAUAAAAACCAAUAAUGGCUCUCGUACUAUUGGGGCGAUCGUGAAAAUGCUUCUGGAUGCCAACUCCGAUGUUGCCGCGGUCGAUAAAAAUAAAUUGACAGCAUUAGAUGCUGCCCUUUUAGCUGGCUGUGCCGGAUUUGUCGAGGUAUUUGCCAAGGAUGAGGCACUUUUCGAAAAGGCAACGAAAGGUUUGGAUGACAAUAAGGACACUGCGAAGCGAUCAGAACAGAUUCGACAAAAGAUGAGAGCCCAUAUGGAGUUAAUACGACCAAGAUCUGCUCUGACUAAUCUGAAUGAAAACAAAACCGCCCUUGACGAAGUUAUGAAAUCCCCUUCCACAUACUUGGACCUUUUAACGGACGAUGAUGCUGCACAGUUAAUUAAUGUCGGCUUUGAAACCAACCCGCUUGACUCAUCUUACUACCAGCUCCUGGAGGAACUUAUGAAACCCGGCCAUACGCAAGUUGCUGAACGGGUAUCUCGAGUAAUAUUGCAUUAUAGUUCUUAUACGUCCCUUCGAGAGAAGAUCGAGAUAGAACGAAAAGUUAAGGGAUCCUACUAUGAUUCCCAAGCCAGAACCGCCUUACAAUUAGCAUGUCAGCAGUCUAAAUCGAAUAUGUUGACGCUUCGUCUCCUAGUAGGAAAGCUAUAUGUUGAUGUCAAUGCGCAAGGUGCACGCAUUGGUACCGACCGGUACCAGGACCGUACGCAUGACAGAGAGAUAAUUCCCACUGGGACCGCGCUUCAUUCACUUGCGUCGGCAGAUCAUAAUUGGCAAUUGGAGGGUAUGAAAUAUCUUCUUUCUCAUGGAGCUGAUGUAAACGCCCUAGACGAGGAAGGGAGAUCUGCUUUGCACAUCGCCGCCGGCGGCAAUAAUGAUAAAAAUGAUUAUACCCAAGGUUUUUGGAAACUUGAUAUGGUACGGAUUCUUUUGGAUUACGGGGCUAAUCCAAAUAUACUCGACAAGGCGGGGCUUUCACCUCUCCACAAGGCCUCUACUGCUCCGGGUAUUACGAAAGAGUUGCUUCGCAGAGGUGCGGAUCCUGCUAUCGGAGAUCGAAGCCCCUUAUUCCUUAGCAUCUUCGAGCAGAAUCUCUCAGCGCUAGAGACACUACUAGACCAUGGACUCAGCGUGGAUUCGCUCGACGAAAAACACCCUAGCCGGAUGGUGAAUUACCAGCUAAAAGAACCUCGAAAAGUAUAUGCGCUGCUGUGUGCAGCUUUUGCUGAGAAGAUGAACACAAGCGUCAAAAACACAGUACCGCUCCUCCGGGCUCUCGUAAAGCGGGGUGCUAAUUUAUAUUUGCCGUUGAACGAGAAGGAAACUAUGGUUCAUUUUCUCUUCGAAUUCCCGGUGUAUGAGGUAUUGGAUACGCUUCUACAAGAACCAUGUGUGUCUCGGAUUGACUUCAACAACCGUGAUCAGCGUGGCCGCACAGUCUUGAUAGCUUCGUGCGACUGGCGUGAAGUUCUGCCUGGAUAUUCGCAUCUUCAUUGGGAUCCGAAAGCAUUGGGGCCCCCACUGCGAAUUUUGGAUCGCGGGGCUGAUGCGACGCUGGCGGAUAGCGAAGGAAAGACGGCGCUGCAUCAUCUCUUACAGAACCCAGGAAUUCCUGAUGACGUCCUUAUUCAAUUCAUCAAUCGUGAAGAAGUUGCUCCUACCUUACUUCUGAAAGACGACCAUGGGUUUUUGCCGUUUCACUAUGCUUUGCGUAUCCUACGACCUAAGGUGUGCGACUUGCUGCUCUCGAAAGGCGCCAACAUCCUUCAACCUGAUCCCAACGGUCUUACAGUACUUCAUAAUAUAGCUUCUCAAUGUCUAAAAACGCGUCGCAAACCACCCAACUCCGGACGCAUAGACAUAGAGCUGCCCGAAGACUAUUUUGAUCAAUGCUUAGCUCUCUGGCAAAAGUUCAUAGCGGCAGGCGGGUCUGUCAACGUAGUUGAUAACGCUGGUAACACUCCCCUUUUUAUGUAUCUAUUAGCCAAGGAUAGAGACCGUCGCAUGGAGCAUCCUGGAGAAUGCCAUCUUCUCCACUACGAUAAGCUUUUCUCGCCCGGUAGCGGUGUUGAUAUCUUCGCGGUAAACAAUGAGGGCGAGACAGCGUUACAUGUGAUUGCUAGGAGAGAAAAGACAUACUAUACGGGAGAAGGACAUGAUAAAGCAAUGUUUGAGGCUUUCAUGGCUAAAGGGCUAGAUCCAUUGAAGGAGGAUGCCAGGGGGAGGAGCGCAUUGGAUGUUGCCAGCGCCUUUGAGAAGAAUGAUACCAUCGCUAUCUUCGGAAGGAAAUAGAACUUGGUCAGGUAGGUAAUGAAUCUAAGGUAGGUCGGGAUUGUCGAUUCGAUGGAAAGAGGAUGUUGGUAAGGUACAAAUCUUACGACUCCGCUUUUAUCUGGUGGAAAACUUAAAUAUGCCCUCGCCCUCAUCACUUGCAUCUGGGAUUACAUAAGUAAUUGAACUAUGCAACAAUUGAAAAGGCAUAAAUUGAUCCGAAAG